AUGGUGGUGAACACUGUGCUUGCCUCUGGCAUUGCCUUGGUGCUUGCCACCUUGGUGCAGGUCUUGCUUGCUUGGGCAUGGCUUGAGCCCUUUGGGCUUAGCCAUGGUGGUGAACACUGUGCUUGCCUCUGGCAUUGGCAGUCCUUGCCUCCUCUUGGCUUGCCAUUCACCAAGCCCUCCCACCCACCCUUGCUUUGCUGGUGUUGCUUUGUUGCUGCUGUUGUGGGGAGGGGUCAUUGCAAGGCCUUUGCACUGUUUGCACCAACCCAAUGGGAAUGUGAUUGCAUUUUCAUUGGGCUGUACCUGGAAUAUGGGAAAGGGGAUACAGAUGGAGACGGCUGCUUGUCCUCGGAGCAGCAACGUGAAAAUCAACGUGGCAUGGCAGCCAUGGCAUCAGCCUUCGCAUCCCCGGUGUCCGUGGCCAGUGCCGGACGCAGCGCGACCGGCGCGACCCGCGCGACCCGCGCGACACUCGCCAGCCGCGGCGCAGGCGGUGUCGCCGUGGCGGAUGAGACAGGUUGGCAUCCAAAGUUGGCCGCGACCGCGGCGCUGGCGGUGACGUUUUCCCUUGGAAAACGUGGAAAACGGGCGGCUGUGAGACCAAAGGUCUUUUGCCGGGCGACCAACAUCUUUGAGCGCUCCUCUUUAGAGGCAGGAGCUAAGUUGUUGGAGGAAGCAGUGAAAUCUUCCAAUGGGAGCAAUCCUACUGAGUUUACCAGCUUUAGCGAAGAGAAGAAUCGCCAGUCCUACGUCUCACAACAAGCUGCCCUGGAAGGCUUGGAGGACGUGAAUGGAGUGGAUGAUGAUGGCCUUCCCUUGGUCUAUUCUGUGGAACGCAUUGCAAACUUCUGGGUGCUGUGGGCCUGAUCUGAUGAGUGCAGCCUGUGGCCAGUGGUAGCACUGGAACUUUUGACCUUCUGAGAGGGGUGAGCUACACAAAUUUGAAACCUUAGUGGACAAACGCCAUGUGACAACACUGUGGUGGACAAUUGUGCUUUGAAGGGGGGAAAA